AUGUCCUCGCAGCAAGGAGACAUCCCAGCCCUGGAGUCUGGAACCUCCUCUUCUUUCUUCGGCUCCAUGUCGUCCCCAAUUUCACUGGUCCGACGAAAUACCAGCUACGACGACCUGAUUGAUGCCCCGAUGCACUCGCCUCCUCCGGACAUGAGCGUCAACAUCCUGUGGAAGGACCCUGUGAAGCCCAAGCACCGGUUUAGGGACGCUGCAGAACCGGGAAGUGAGGGAGAUGGGAAGACAGUGACUUUUGAGGCAGCAGCGUUGGCCAAGUCACAGGUGCCGGUUGUAAAGGCCAAGGCCACCACACUAAUGACGGCUUUGAUGACAGGGCAGAGUCAAGAGAAUCUGCACCGAUUUGAGCACCAAGCAGGCCUCACUGACACUGGGUACACUCCUCACAAGGGGCUUUCAGCAGAGGAGACCCACUUUCAUCGACUGCCUCGAGCUGGAUCGACACAAAAAGCCUAUGAUAAAAAGAAGUUGAAGAUGCCAAGUGGGGACUUUAAGGAGGACAGACUCACAACAUCAGCACAGUCGACUCCUGCAGGCACCCCCUCCGUCACCCCCUGUGUCACCCCCUCCGUCACCCCCUGUGUCACCCCCAGCGUCACUCCUCUCUCCUCACCUGCUCUCAGCCGACGAAACUGGUUCUCAUCGAACCCGGGCCCGUUCCUCACAGCUUCAGAGCUCGCCAGCCUUGCUCCCAGCACAGACAUGGGGAAUGAAGGUGGUGGAUCGGAUAAGUGGACCUUCUUUGGUUCUCGCCCCAUGGUCCAGAAGUCCCCUACUGACCCUGGCUCUGACACAGGCACAGGAUUCUCCCUGCAGUCCUACUUUGGCCUUCACAAGUCUUCCACCAUGGACUACUCAAGCACACAGGUCAAACUGAACGUGGAAGACCCCGCCAGCUUCAUGCCUCCUAAGAUCGAGAUCACUGGGAUUGAGGCCAAAUCAAUCCCUCCUCCUCGGCCGCACAAACUCAAACCUCGGGACAUGAAUGUGUUGACACCAUCGGGCUUCUGA